AUGACGAUGAUUGCUGGGAGCCCUGUGAGCUUCACCUGCUGCUCAGAGUCUGGAGCCGCUGCAUUGUCUUCAGCACUGGCCGCCCCCGGGCGGCCUUCGCAGGCGAAGGCAGAUGACGAGACAUCAGAUAGCAAGGUCUCCCACUCAUCCGGCAAGACAAUUGAUAGGCACCCAACGGCCAACGACGCCAAAGAUGCAGACGACAAAAAGACAAACGCUGACCAAAAGCGGUUAGAAGACGAGUUGGCUCAACUCGACAAGAAGAAGCUGGAGGCCGAAGAACAGAUAAAGAAGCUGGACGAAGACCGGCAACGGCUCGCAAAAGCAGCUGGCCAGAACAAGGCCUCAGACUCCGAGAGGACGCAGAAAUCUGGCUAUAGGGACAAGGACAAAAAGGCCGCGGCAAAGCCUCAGGCUUCAGACUCAGAGAAGGCAGAGGCAUCGAAAGCAGUGGCUGAGGAGAAGGAUGCCAAGGACACUGACAAACCUCAGGCCGCAAGUCCGCACCAGGAGCCCUCAGAGCCAGAGGAGGCCGAGCCGUCGAAGCAUGAGGGUAAGGAAGAGAAGCCAAAGGAGCCCAAGGAACUGCCAUUCUCAGGCCGAGCUUUUGAAGCGCAAAUCUUCGGUCAGAAACUGGAUGAGGGCGCAUUUGCCCAGCUCGCUGGCUGA